AUGCCGCUCACGGAUUUGGUUAGGUUGACACCAGGAUACGCGAGGCACAUAAGGGACAUGCUAAAGGAAGACAGGGUGUUGAAAGGUGUGCACGGAGUAGAGGAAGUCAAGGGAAUUCUGGAAGAAGAAGAUGAGUUCAUCACACCAAAGUUGGAAGAUCCGAGAAGCUUUGUCAUACCUUGCACGUUAAGAAACAAAAUAACUUGUGAUUGUUUAGCAGACUUAGGAGCCAGUAUUAACCUCAUGCCUUGGUCUAUCUACAUUCAAUUAAGUAAUGAGGCUUUAGAUACGACCAUGAUGACCAUUAAGUUAGCAGACCAGACCUUUCAACGUCCCUUAGGAAAGACUGAUAAGAUAAUCAUGACAGUAGGAGACCUGCAUUUUCAAGCAGAAUUCGUGGUCAUGAACAUUCCGGAAGAUAAGAAAGUACCAAUAAUCUUAGGUAGACCUUUCUUAAACACCGCCAAAGCUAUUAUAGAAGUAGCAGAACAUAGGAUCACCAUAGGAAAUGGUAGGAGGAAGCUGAGUUUGACCAUGGAAGGAGAUCCAGACCUAGGAAAAGAUGAGAUAGGAAAACUUGCCGAAGAAGUCGAGAUAGUGGAAACAGACAACAAAACAAAUCAGGAGAUAGAAGAAAUCUUAGGAAUAGGAUCGCCGGAACGUCCUUGGGAUUUAGGAGAAUUAGAGGAAAAUGAAUUUGAUGGAACCUUAGUGCAAGCACCAAAUAACUUAGUAACCUCGCUAGAACAACCGCCUACAGAUCUAGAAAUGAAACCGUUACCGCAAGGAUUGGAGUAUGCCUACCUGCAAGGGAAGUCGUAA